AUGCCUGGCGUGCCUACCGUGCCUACUGUGCCUGGCGUGCCUACCCUGCCUACCGUGCCUGGCGCGCCUACCGUGCCUACCGUCCCUACCGUGCCUACCGUACCUACCGUGCCUGGCGCGCCUACCUUGCCUUCCGUCCCUACCGUGCCUACCGUGCCUACUGUGCCUACCGUGCCUGGCGUGCCUACUGUGCCUACCGUGCCUGGCGUGCCUGGCGUGCCUACCGUGCCUACUGUGCCUGGCGUGCCUACCCUGCCUACCGUGCCUGGCGCGCCUACCAUGCCUACCGUGCCUGGCGCGCCUACCGUGCCUUCCGUCCCUACCGUGCCUACCGUGCCUACCAUGCCUACCGUGCCUGGCGUGCCUUCCGUGCCUACCGUGCCUACCUUGCCUACCGUGCCUACCGUGCGUGGCGCGCCUACAGUGCCUUUUGUCCCUACCGUGCCUACCGUGCCUACCGUGCCUACCGUGCCUACUGUGCCUGGCAUGCCUACCUUGCCUACCGUGCCUACCAUGCCUGGCGCGCCUACCGUGCCUACCAUCCCUACCGUGCCUACCGUGCCUACCGUGCCUACCGUGCCUACCGUGCCUACCGCGCCUACCAUGCCUAGCGUGCCUAUUGUGCCUACCGUGCCUACCGUGCCUACCGCGCCUACCGUGCCUACCGUGCCUACCGUGCCUACCGUGCUUGGCGUGCCUACUGUGCCUACCGUGCCUGGCAUGCCUACCGUGCCUACCGUUCCUACCGUGCCUGGCGUGCCUCGCGUGCCUACCGUGCCUACUGUGCCUGGCGUGCCUACCCUGCCUACCGUGCCUACCGUGCCUGGCGCGCCUAUCGUGCCUUCCCUCCCUACCGUGCCUACCGUGUCUACCGUGCCUGGCGUGCCUACCGUGCCUACCUUGUCUACCGUGCCUACCGUGCAUGGCGUGCCUACUGUGCCUACCAUGCCUACUGUGCCUGGCGUGCCUACUGUGCCUACCGUGCCUGGCGUGCCUACCGUGCCUACUGUGCCUACCGUGCCAGGCGUGCCUGGCGUGCCUACCGUGCCUACUGUGCCUGGCGUGCCUACCCUGCCUACCGUGCCUACCGUGCCUGGCGCGCCUACCGUGCCUUCCGUCCCUACCGUGCCUACUGUGCCUACCGUGCCUGGCAUGCCUACCGUGCCUACCUUCGUGCCUUCCGUCCCUACCGUGCCUACCGUGCCUACCGCGCCUACCGUGCCUACCAUGCCUACCCUGCCUACCGUGCCUACCGUUCCUACCAUGCCUACCGUGCCUACUGUGCCUACCGUGCCUACCGUGCCUAUCGUGCCUACCGUGCCUGGUGUGCCUACUGUGCCUACCGUGCCUGGCGUGCCUAUCGUGCCUACUGUGCCUGCCGUGCCUACCCUGCCUACCGUGCCUGGCGCGCUUACCGUGCCUUCCGUCCCCACCGUGCCUACCGUGCCUACUGUGCCUGGCGUGCCUACCGUGCCUACCGUGCCUGGCGUGCCUUCCGUGCCUACUGUGCCUUGCGUGCCUACCCUGCCUACCGUGCCUACCGUGCCUGGCGCGCCUACCGUGCCUACCGUCCCUACCGUGCCUACCGAGCCUACCAUGCCUGCCGCGCCUACCGUGCCUACCGUGCCUACCGUGCCUACCGUGCCUUCCGGUCCUUCCGUGCCUUCCGUGCCUUCCGUGCCUACCGUGCCUACUGUGCCUACCGUGCCUGGCGUGCCUACCAUGCCUACCGUGCCUGGUGUGCCUGGCGUGCCUACCGUGCCUACUAUGGCUGGCGUGCCUACCCUGCCAACCGUGCCUACCGUGCCUGGCGCGCCUACCGUGCCUUCCGUCCCUACCGUGCCUUCCGUGCCUGGCGUGCCUACCGUGCCUACCGUGCCUACCGUGCCUGGCGUGCCUGGCGUUCCUACCGUGCCUACUGUGCCUGGCGUGCCUACCCUACCUACCGUGCCUAGCGCGCCUACCAUGCCUACCGACCCUACCGUGCCUACCGUGCCUACCGCGCCUACCGUGCCUACCGUGCCUACCGUGCCAACCGUGCCUACCGUGCCUUCCGUGCCUUCUGUGCCUACCGUGCCUACCGUGCCUACCGUGCCUAGCGUGCCUACUGUGCCUACCGUGCCUGGUGUUCCUACCGUGCCUACCGUGCUUGGCGUGCCUGGCGUGCCUACCGUGGCUAGUGUGCGUGGCGUGCCUACCCUGCCUACCGUGCCUGGCGCGCCUACCGUGCCUUCCGUCCAUACUGUGCCUACCGUGCCUACCGUGCCUACCGUGCCUGGCAUGCCUACCGUGCCUAUCAUGCCUACCAUGUCUGGCGUGCCUACCGUGCUUACUGUGCCUGGCGUGCCUACCCUGCCUACCGUGCCUGGCGCGCCUACCGUGCCUACCGUCCCUACCGUCCCUACCGUGCCUACCGUGCCUACCGUGCCUGGCGCGCCUACCGUGCCUUCCGUCCCUAUCAUGCCUACCGUGCCUACCGUGCCUACCGUGCCUGGCGUGCCUACCGUGCCUACCGUGCCUGGCGUGCCUGGCGUGCCUACCGUGCCUACUGUGCCUGGCGUGCCUACCCUGCCUACCGUGCCUGGCGUGCCUACCGUGCCUACUGUGCCUGGCGUGCCUACCCUGCCUACCGUGCCUACCGUGCCUACCGUGCCUACCGUGCCUGGCGCGCCUACCGUGCCUUCCGUCCCUACCGUGCCUACCGUGCCUACCAUGCCUACCGUGCCUGGCGUGCCUUCCGUGCCUACCGUGCCUACCGUGCGUGGCGCGCCUACCGUGCCUUUUGUCCCUACCGUGCCUACCGUGCCUACCGUGCCUACUGUGCCUGGCAUGCCUACCCUGCCUACCGUGCCUACCAUACCUGGCGCGCCUACCGUGCCUACCGUCCCUACCGUGCCUACCGUGCCUACCGUGCCUACCGCGCCUACCGUGCCUACCGUGCCUACCGUGCUUGGAGUGCCUACCGUGCCUGGAGUGCCUACCGUGCCUGGAGUGCCUACCGUGCAAGGAGUGCCUACCGUGCCUGGCGUGCCUGGAGUGCCUACCGUGCCUACUAUGCCUGGCGUGCCUACCCUGCCUACCGUGCCUACCGUGCCUGGCGCGCCUACUGUGCCUUCCGUCCCUACCGUGCCUACCGUGCCUGGCGUGCCUGGCGCGCCUACCGUGCCUACCGUGCCUGGCGCGCCUACCGUGCCUUCCGACCCUACCGUGCCUACCAUGCCUACCAUGCCUACCGUGCCUGGCGUGCCUUCCGUGCCUACCGUGCCUACCCUGCCUACCGUGCCUGGCGCGCCUACCGUGCCUACCGUGCCUACCAUGCUCGGCGUGCCUACCGUGCCUACCUUUCCUACCGUGCCUACUGUGCCUGGCGUGCCUACCCUGCCUACCGUGCCUGGCGCGCCUACCGUGCCUACCGUCCCUACCGUGCCUACCGUGCCUACCGUGCCUACCGUGCCUGGCGCGCCUACCGUGCCUUCCGUCCCUACCGUGCCUACCGUGCCUACCGUGCCAGGCGUGCCUACCGUGCCUACCGUGCCUACCGUGCCUGGCGUGCCUACCGUGCCUACUGUGCCUUGCGUGCCUACCCUGCCUACCGUGCCUACCGUGCCUACCGUGCCUACCGUGCCUACUGUGCCUGGCGUGCCUACCCUACCUACCGUGCCUGGCGCGCCUACCAUGCCUACUGACCCUACCGUGCCUACCGUGCCUACCGUGCCUACCGCGCCUACCGUGCCUACCGUGCCUACCGUGCCUACCGUGCCUACUGUGCCUGGCGUGCCUACCCUGCCUACCGUGCCUACCGUGCCUGGCGCGCCUACCGUGCCUACCGUCCCUACCGUGCCUACCGUGCCUAUUGUGCCUGGCGUGCCUACCGUGCCUACUGUGCCUGGCGUGCCUACCCUGCCUACCGUGCCUACCGUGCCUGGCGCGCCUACUGUGCCUUCCGUCCCUACCGUGCCUACCGUGCCUACCGUGCCUACCGUGCCUGGCGUGCCUACCGUGCCUACCGUGCCUACCGUGCCUGGCGUGCCUAUCGUGCCUACUGUGCUUGGCGUGCCUACCCUGCCUACCGUGCCAGGCGCGCCUACCGUGCCUAUCAUCCGUACCGUACCUACCGUGCCUACCGUGCCUGGCGCGCCUACCGUGCCUUCCGUCCCUACCGUGCCUACCGUGCCUACCGUGCCUACCAUGCCUAGCGUGCCUACUGUGCCUACCGUGCCUGGCGUGCCUGGCGUGCCUACCGUGCCUACUGUGACUGGCGUGCCUACCCUGCCUACCGUGCCUAGCGCGCCUACCGUGCCUACCGUGCCUGGCGCGCCUACCGUGCCUACCGUGCCUACCAUGCCUACCGUGCCUGGUGUGCCUUCCGUGCCUACCGUGCCUACCUUGCCUACCGUGCCUACCGUGCCUUCCGUCCCUACCGUGCCUACCGUGCCUACCAUGCUCGGCGUGCCUACCGUGCCUACCGUGCCUACUGUGCCUGGCGUGCCUACCCUGCCUAACGUGCCUACCGUGCCUGGCGCGCCUACCUUGCCUACCGUCCCUACCGUGCCUACCGUGCCUACCGUGCCUACCGCACCUACCGUGCCUACCGUGCCUACCGUGCCUUCCGUGCCUUCCGUGCCUACCGUGCCUGGAGUGCCUACCGUGCCUGGAGUGCCUACCGUGCCUGGAGUGCCUACCGUGCCUGGAGUGCCUACCGUGCCUGGAGUGCCUACCAUGCGUGGCGUGCCUGGCGUGCCUACCGUGCCUACUGUGCCUGGCAUGCCUACCCUGCCUACCGUGCCUGGCGCGCCUACUGUGCCUUCCGUCCCUAUCGUGCCUAUCGUGCCUACCGUGCCUACCGUGCCUGGCGUGCCUACCGUGCCUACCGUGCCUGGCAUGCCUGGCGUGCCUGGCGUGCCUACCGUUCCUACUGUGCUUGGCAUUCCUACCAUGCCUACUGUGCCUGGCGCGACUACCAUGCCUACUGUCCCUACCGUGCCUACCGUGCCUACCGUGCCUACCGCGCCUACUGUGCCUACCGUGCCUACCAUGCCUACCGUGCCUACCGUGCCUGCCCUACCUACUGUUCCUACCGUGCCCAGCGUGCCUACUGUGCAUACCGUGCCUACCGUGCCUGGCGUGCCUGGCGUGCCUACCGUGCCUACUGUGCCUAGCGUGCCUACCCUGCCUACCGUGCCUACCGUGCCUGGCGCGCCUACUGUGCCUACCGUCCCUACUGUGCCUACCGUGCCUACCGUGCCUACUGUGCCUACCGUGCCUACCGCGCCUACCGUGCCUACCGUGCCUACCGUGCCUAUUGUGCCUACCGUGCCUACCGUGCCUACCGCGCCUACCGUGCCUACCGUGCCUACCAUUCCUACCGUGCCUACCGUGCCUACCGUGCCUACCAUGCCUACCGUGCCUGGCGUGCCUACUGUGCCUAUCGUGCCUGGCGUGUCUACCGUGCCUACCGUGCCUACAGUGCCUGGCGUGCCUGGCGUGCCUACCGUGCCUACUGUGCCUGGCGUGCCUACCCUACCUACCAUGCCUGGCGCGCCUACCGUGCCUACCGACCCUACCAUGCCUACCAUGCCUACCGCGCCUACCGUGCCUACCGUGCCUACCGUGCCUACCAUGCCUACCGUGCCUUCUGUUCCUACCGUGCCUACCGUGCCUACCGUGCCUGGCGUGCCUACUGUGCCUUCCGUGCCUGGCGUGCCUACCGUGCCUACCGUGCCUACCGUGCCUGGCGUGCCUGGCGUGCCUACCGUGCCUACCGUGCCUGGCGUGCCUACCCUGCCUACCGUGCCUACCGUGCCUACCGUGCCUACCGUUCCUACCGUGCCUACCGUUCCUACCGUGCCUACCGUGCCUGGCGUGCCUACCGUGCCUACCGUGCUUGGCAUGCCUGGCGUGCCUACCGUGCCUACUGUGCCUGGCGUGCCUACCCUGCCUAUCGUGCCUACCGUGACUGGCGCGCCUACUGUGCCUACCAUCCCUACCGUGCCUACCGUGACUACCGUGCCUACCGUGCUUACCGUGCCUAUCGUGCCUACCGUUCCUACCGUGCCUACCGUGCCUACCGUGCCUGGCGUUCCUACCGUGCCUACCGCGCCUGGCAUGCCUGGCGUGCCCACCGUGCCUACUGUGCCUGGCGUGCCUACUCUGCCUAUCGUGCCUACCGUGCCUGGCGCGCCUACUGUGCCUACCAUCCCUACCGUGCCUACCGUGCCUACCGCACCUACCAUGCCUACCGUGCCUAUUGUGCCUACCAUGCCUACCGUGCCUACCGCGCCUACCGUGCCUACCGUGCCUACCGUGCCUACCGUUCCUACUGUGCCUACCAGGGCCUACCGUGCCUACCGUGCCUACCGUGCCUGGCGUGCCUACUGUGCCUACUGUGCCUGGCGUGCCUACCGUGCCUACCGUGCCUGGCGUGCCUCGCGUGCCUACCGUGCCUACUGUGCCUGGCAUGCCUACCCUGCCUACCCUGCCUACCGUGCCUACCGUGCCUGGCGCGCCUACCGUGCCUUCCGUCCCUACCGUGCCUACCGUGCCUUCCGUGCCUGGCGUGCCUACCGUGCCUACCUUGCCUACCGUGCCUGCCGUGCCUGGCGUGCCUACUGUGCCUACCGUGCCUACCGUGCCUGGCGUGCCUACUAUGCCUACCGUGCCGUGCCUACCGUGCCUACCGUCCCUACCGUGCCUACCGUGCCUACCGCGCCUACCGUGCCUACCGUGCCUACCGUGCCUACCGUGCCUAUCGUUCCUACCGUGCCUACCGUGCCUACUGUGCCUACCGUUCCUACCGUGCCUGGUGUUUCUACUGUGCCUACCGUGCCUGGCGUGCCUACCGUGCCUACCGUGCCUGGCGUGCCUACUGUGCCUACCGUGCCUACCAUGCCUUCCGUGCCUUCCGUGCCUACCGUGCCUUCCGUGCCUACCGUGCCUUCCGUGCCUUCCGUGCCUACCGUGCCUACCGUGCCAGGCAUGCCUACUGUGCCUACUGUGCCUGGCGUGCCUACCGUGCCUACUGUGGCUGGCGUGCCUACCCUGCCUACCGUGCCUACCGUGCCUGGCGCGCCUACCGUGCCUACCGUCCCUACCGUGCCUACCAUGCCUACCGUGCCUGGCGUGCCUACCGUGCCUACCGUGCCUGGCGUGCCUGGCGUGCCUAACGUGCCUACUAUGCCUGGCGUGCCUACCCUACCUACCAUGCCUGGCGCGCCUACCAUGCCUACCGACCCUACCGUGCCUACCGUGCCUAUUGCGCCUACCGUGCCUACCGUGCCUACCGUGCCUACCGUGCCUUCCGUGCCUUUUGUGCCUACCGUGCCUACCGUGCCUACCGUGCCUAGCGUGCCUACUGUGCCUACCGUGCCUGGCGUGCCUACCGUGCCUACUGUGCCUGCCGUGCCUGGCGUGCCUACCGUGCCUACUGUGCCUGCCGUGCCGACCCUGCCUACCGUGCCUACCGUGCUUGGCGCGCCUACCGUGCCUUCCGUCCCCACCGUGCCUACCGUGCCUAGCGUGCCUGGCGUGCCUACCGUGCCUACCGUGCCUACCGUGCCUGGCGUGCCUACCGUGCCUACUGUGCCUUGCGUGCCUACCCUGCCUACCGUGCCUACCGUGCCAGGCGCGCCUACCGUGCCAACUGUCCCUACCGUGCCUACCGAGACUACCGUGCCUGCCGCGCCUACCGUGCCUACCGUGCAUACCGUGCCUUCCGUGCCUACCGUUCCUACUGUGCCUACCGUGCCUACCAUGCCUACCGUGCCAGGCGUGCCUACCGUGCCUACCGUGCCUGGCAUGCCUGGCGUGCCUACCGUGCCUACUGUGCCUGGCGUGCCUACCUUGCCUACCGUGCCUACCGUGCCUGGCGCGCCUACCGUGCCUACCGUCCCUACCGUGCCUACCGUGCCUGGCGUGCCUACCGUGCCUACUGUGCCUUGCGUGCCUACCCUGCCUACCGUGCCUACCGUGCCUGGCGCGCCUACCGUGCCUACCGUCCCUACCGUGCCUACCGAGCCUACCGUGCCUGCCGCGCCUACCGUGCCUACCGUGCCUACCGUGCCUACCGUGCCUACCGUGCCUUCCGUGCCUACCGUGCCUUCCGUGCCUACCGUGCCUUCCGUGCCUUCCGUGCCUACCGUGCCUAUUGUGCUUACCGUGCCUGGCGUGCCUACCAUGCCUACCGUGCCUAGCGUGCCUAGCGUGCCUACCGUGCCUACUGUGGCUGGCGUGCCUACCCUGCCAACCGUGCCUACCGUGCCUGGCGCGCCUACCGUGCCUUCCGUCCCUACCGUGCCUACCGUGCCUGGCGUGCCUACCGUGCCUACCGUGCCUACCGUGCCUACCGUGCCUGGCGUGCCUGGCGUGCCUACCGUGCCUACUGUGCCUGGCGUGCCUACCCUACCUACCGUGCCUGGCGCCUACCAUGCCUACCGACCCUACCGUGCCUACCGUGCCUACCGUGCCUACCGCGCCUACCGUGCCUACCGUGCCUUCUGUGCCUACCGUGCCUACCGUGCCUACCGUGCGUAG